GUCGCGUUUAACAAACCUGAGAUGAGGCUGCGUCUCCUGCAGCUCAACACUUUCUCAAAUCAUAACCACAAUUAUGACCAGAAAUUGCCUCUCCUUCCUGGAUGUAUCCGUCACUUCGAUUACAUCUGGGUUAGCAUUUGUUUUGUGAUUUUUUAUUUAUUUAUUAUUGUUGUUUUUUUUAAGUUUUAAGGAGAGCAUGUGCUUCAUUUUGCGGAGAUUGCAGAGGUGCCACCGGGAGUGAGUUGGGCAAUAUGCGCCGCUGGGAUAUGAUUCUCACCCGAAAGGCUUAUGGAAUAUAGCCUGGUUUGCCACAGCCUGCAUGCCUUCUGGUCCAGCCCCGUGAAGAAGAAGCUCAUUCUGCUCAGCAUCAUGUUUUUAAUCUGGGUUUACAUGCUGUACUCCUGCGUGGGCUACUGCUCCAGCAUGCCAAGUUUGGUGGUGGAGAGUUACCGGGGCAGGGAGACCGGCUCGGCGGUGGGCAAGAGGACAGAGGGCAGCAGGACGGACCUGGUGUCCAGGCUGCUGGCGAAACCGCAGCCGUGGGAGGAUAUUGAGAGCGACUACGAGGAGCCGUCCAUCAGGACCGCCGCGUCCAGAGACCUGCUCAAUAACGAGCUGGACACGGACAGAGCCGAGGACUGGGAGGAGAUGCGCGGAGAGCAGCACAGAGCCCCGGAGCCCAGCGCCAUGUCCAGCUUCUCCAACGGCUCCGGGAGCAAGAAGCUGCCGCAGGCGAUCAUCAUCGGGGUGAAGAAAGGAGGCACCCGGGCUCUGCUGGAGUUCCUCCGGGUUCACCCGGACAUCAGAGCCGUGGGAGCGGAGCCGCACUUCUUCGACCGCAACUAUGACAACGGGCUGGAGUGGUACAGGGAGCUGAUGCCUAAGACCCUGGAGGGCCAGAUCACCAUGGAGAAAACCCCCAGCUACUUCGUGACCAGAGAGGCUCCGGCGCGAAUCUCCGCCAUGUCCCGGGACACCAAGUUAAUCGUCGUAGUGAGGGACCCCGUCACCAGAGCUAUCUCGGACUACACUCAGACGCUGUCCAAGAAGCCAGACAUUCCCUCUUUUGAGAGCCUCACGUUCAAAAACAGGACUACGGGGCUCAUCGACACGUCAUGGAGCGCCAUCCAGAUCGGCAUCUACGCCAAACACCUGGACAACUGGCUGCAGUACUUCCCCAUGGACCAGAUCCUGUUCGUGAGUGGCGAGCGCUUGAUCAGCGACCCUGCUGGAGAGCUGGGCCGCGUCCAGGACUUCUUGGGGCUCAAGAGGAUCAUCACGGACAAACACUUUUACUUCAACCAGACCAAGGGAUUCCCGUGCCUCAAGAAAGCGGAAGGCAGCAGCAAGCCCCACUGCCUGGGUAAAACCAAAGGACGGACCCAUCCGAACAUUGACCCCGAGGUGGUGCAGAGGCUACGGGACUUCUACAGGCCCUUCAACAUGAAGUUCUACCAGAUGACAGGACAUAACUUUGGUUGGGAUUGAUCUUGAAAUCGCAAAAAGACAUUUUCUUUUUUUAAAAUUCGUUUUUUUGUUUGUGUUUUUUUUUCUUUCUGUAAUUCUACGGCAAGAUGUGGAGAUAUUGCUAUAUAUAUGUAAAAUGUACAGAAAUCUAUUUUAUAAUAAUUUAUUUUUAUUUCUAAGCAAUUAAUUCACUAAGCUGCCUAACCAUGUUUGUACAUAACAUCUGACCCACGUGUUGUUUUUAACAUUCCUCAUUUGAAAUUGCUCCUCCCUCGUGGUCCUGUAAACUCAGUGGAUUUACUGGUGCUUCGUAAUGCAGAAAAUCAGCGACGACUGAAGUAGAAACUGGGGUGGGGAAAUGUAAAAGCACCAUAUUACGGGUACAGAGUGCUCACAGAGCAGUGGAGAACAUCCAUCCGUGCGCGUCCUCAUUCAUAUAUGCAUCACACUUUUCAUCUUGUUUCAGCCCUUUCCGAGUGUGAUUCUUUUCUAAGGCGCUUCACUUCCUUUACAAUCCAGCUUUCCUCCAUUGGCACAGGCCUAAGCACCGCAUCUCAUGUCCCAUUCCACUCAAUAACAGGUAGAUCAAUAGGCCUAAUUGAUCCUCAUUGUGUCACUCAUGCUUAAAGUAUACAGCUGCCCUUUCACUUCUUAGUGCUCCCGCUGCCUGCUCUAAUGAAUGACCCAUCCAUCAAACGCUAAAUCCUAUCCGGGACCACAUAAGGGCCCAUGUUAACAUUAUGCUAAUCGGGUAAAGGUAACUGGCAGAUCGAUCGAGCCUCCGAUCUCUAACUCCCCCAUUAGAAGCAGCCUCGGCUCGGAGCCACGCCCUCACCCUAUUCGCCCAGUUCAAAGGUCGCUCAAAGUCUCAAUCAAAUUUCCUCGAGAGGCAUUUGAUUUGUUGAGGAGAGCAGAGCCGGAGAAAGGUUGGGGCGAGUGCGUGCCUUGUUCUCAUGGUAAGAUAGGAAACCUUUGCGUGAGGUAGCGGGUCGGAUGGGGGGGAGGGGGCGCAUCGGGGCCAGGAAGAUGGGCCGUAGAGAUGGAAAAGAUGACAGGGCGAGGUUUUGCCUCAAUGAAAAUGGCGCUCCUUCAAACAGAAGUCCGCCAAGGCCCUCGGCCUCAGAUCUCAGACCGAGGAGAUCAAAGGGACAGAAAAGGUUUUUGUGAAGCACCCGCGGGCGGCGCAGCAAGAAUUGCCUCCGGCGGGGUUUCCGUCUAACCUCCGGCGUCAUCAGAAAAACCGCACGUGCCAUCGUCCAUGGCCGAUAUAUACUUUAUGCCUUAUUCACCCCCUGUCAUCCUCAUAUCUCACCUCUAUACACACAAACAGAUCUUAACUCUCUACUUGUUGCCAAAAAAAGCUUCGCGUGGAUAUCAUAUUUCACACGGCUUAGUUGCUAUCGCCUCCCCCCGCCCCCCGCCACCUCACCCCACCUCACCCCACCCCCUUGCAUUGCUUCCUAGGUUUUGUCUUUCUACUUGAAUUCUUGAUAUGCAAGAGGGAGAAAAUGUGUAGCCUAUCAUUCUUUGAUGUGAUGUCUUUGCAGCAAACGGCACGCUAUUAUGAGGGCACGGUUGGGGUGGGGUGGGCAGGGCGGGGUCCAUGCUAUGCUACAGUACGCUACGCUAUGCAUGCACGGUGCGGUAGCCAUUAUGAAAAUGCAGGCGUAAUGGGAGGGGGCUAUUAGCGUCCAGCGAGGGGUUCUCGCGCGUUCACGCGGAGCCCAGACUGAAUGUACACAACCUAUCCUCAUGCAGAGAAUCAGUUCUGAAGGUCGGAUCGCCACUUAGUGAAAAUUUGAUUGUCGUUUUGAAGAAAAUGUUGUGCCUCUUUAACUCUCAAAUCCAACACGGUCAGCCUGCUCCUGUCAUUAAAAGAGAUAAUGACGAAUUCAGCUAUUUUCCAGUGGAAACCAGUGGUUGCUAGCAGGGGGAGAUGGAGGCUCGUUACACUGUAUUUUUCUUUUUCUUCUUCCAUCAUCCUUCACUUUUAACUCUGUCCCAGCAACGGAACACCUAGGGAGAAUCUGCGUGCGGAAAAGCCUUCAUCUCCCCCUCCUCCUCUCCUGCAAUGUGCAAUGUUCGAUUAUUAACAAAAAAAAAAAAGAAGAAGAAAAAGCAUUUAUGAUGACCUCUUCGACAGCUGAUGGGAGAACUGCAUUUGAAUUCUGGUUAAGUUCAUGUAACUGAGGGAAUACCUGAAAAAAACUCUCUCUCUAUAUAUUAAAAAUAUACACUUGCACUCAUGGGUUUCCUCCGUGUUGCUGCAUCGGCUACGGUUGAGUUUUAUUCAACCCGUUGGGAGUUCUAAAAACAAUAAAAUAAAUAAAAAUAAUGUUUUAGAGAUGUUUGUCUUAUCCACAUAUAAUAUGUAUCUAGACUAGCAGAUCUGUAUGUACAAAAAUGAAAAAGACAUGUAAAUCAAGUAUUUUGUGGUAUGUACAUCAAAGGAAUUAAUUUUACACGACGCGAGAGCAAAAUGGAACAGAUGUUUCUAGAUGAUUAAAUACUGAACAUUCAUAAUAUUUCUUUGUAUGAAGAAAUAAAUAAAAAAGUAUAUAUUUUACCAAAA